GCUGAGCUGCGUUUCACGAGAGCUUCACACACAAAGCUCAAACGCUCUUCGUCGUGACCCGCUUUAUCUAUUGCAGCAGCGCUCUAGACCUUGACAGCUGCGGCCUACCCCGCAGCUCCAACCCCCCGACUCCUCGAACUCAUCGCGCUUUGCGGGCCAUUUCGCCCAAGUCACGCACCAGUUGUCUCCAAUAGCACAUACAUUGCCAGCAAGCAGCACAUCGGCUCGGAAGCAGGAUGAUGGCCUCGACAAAGCUCUCCGCGCUGGCGCUGGUCGCCGGCGCCCUCGCCCUGGGCACCGCCCGCGCCCUCAUUCUCGACCCGCUGCCGCUCUCGGACUGGACCAGCGGCACCAGCGUCUUCUGGGGCGGACCGCAGGACGGCCAAGACGACCCCUUCAACGUGCGCCUGCCGCCCGGAGCCUGCGGCUACGGCGAGCUGGACAGCAAGAUGUGGCCAUUCUUCUACGUGACCGGCAUCUCGGCGCACAGUGACCUGGUCCGCGACCGCCCCCAGGCAUCGUGCGGCACCUGCCUUGAGAUCCGCUGCUCCGCUAAUGACACCAAGGUCUGUGCCGGGCCCGCCAACAGCUCCAUCACCGUCCUGGUCACGGACGAGUGCCCGCAGUGCCGCGCCAACGAGCUCAACCUGCACGCCUUCGCGUUCGAGCAGAUCUCACAGCUCAAGUACGGCAGCGUCGCCAUCCAGUACCGCCAGGUGGAGUGCUCUCCCGCUGACAACAUGACGGUGGUGGUUGACGGCUUCCGCGUCAGCCAGGGCGGCUGGCUGCGCCUCAGCAUCAAGUCCGUGGCCAGCGACGGCGGCAUCUCGCGCGUGGAACUGGCGCGCUCCGUGGACGGUGCCGUGGGCAGCAACUCCACCGCCCUGCCCCAGCCGGCGCACGCCGUCGCCGCCGCUUCCGCCGGCCCAAUCCUCGGCGCCGGCGAUGCUGCCGGGCCUCAGGCUGCGGCUGCUGCCUCCGCCGCCACGAACGCGACCACGCCUGCCGCGGCUGCCGCCGCGCGCGUGUGGAAGGUGAUGGACAACACCUACGGCGGCGAGUGGGAGGCGUCGGCGCUGCCCUCGCCGCCCUUUGACCUGCGCGUCACGGACCUGUACGGGCGCAAGGUGGUGCUCAAGAGUGUCAUCCAGAAGGCUGGCGUGCUUGGCGAGUUUCCCGGCCACGGCCAGUUCCCGCCGCUGUCCAACGCCACCGUGGCUGCCUUCCGCAACACUGUCGUACUGCAGGACCCCCUGGAGGUGACGAUGCAGGACCUGCCCGAGCCCGACCAGACCAGCGCCCCCGCCGCCCCCAACGCGACCGCCGCCGCAACUCCUACAGCCAAGCCGGCUACCGCGAACGCCACCACCCUGAAGGCCCCGCCCACCGCCCCGCCGGCCAGGACCAACGCCUCCGCGCCCAUGCCCGUUACCGCCGCCUCCGCCGUGCCCACGCCUAUCGCCGCCGCCGCCGCUGCUGUACCCAACACCACCGCGGCCCCCGCCCCCGUGCACACCACCCGCCGCAGCUACCAGCGCCGUCGGCUGCAGUCCCAGCAGCAGGCGGAGCAGCAGCACCAGCGCCGCCUGCACCAAGGCACGCGCGAACAGCAGCGUGGCCCCAUGCCCUGAGGCCUCAGCGCCUGGGUUUUGAGUUCCCGCUUGGACCGAAGUGCUGCAGGCUAGGUGGAAUGUUGCACAUGUAGAGUACCCUUAUUACCUGGCGCAUGUCUAGUGUAGGAGAGUAUACGUGUGUUUUGUCACACUCUCAUUGCAUUGGGUGCAUGUUGGUGUGUCCAACCGCAAUGCCGCCGGAUCACAGGCUGUCGGCAAUAAGCUGCAGAACAGCAGGGCACGUUAGAUGCAUGAGUCGUGCUGUCUAGCUUUAGCCGCCGAUUCGGGCUGUUAUGGAGUGUACAAAGUCUAGCAGGCAUACAUCACAUGACUGCAUGAAUAAGGAGCGCUUUGCGUGCGUUUCGCGUGUGGUGUGGCUGAGGCGUCGAAGGGUCUCGACGGAGGCUGGCCAAAGGAGGAGCUGAAAAACGAUGGCCCGCAGCAGGACAGUAUGCAAAGGCUCCUUAGAGGCGGGGCCUGCGCACCUUUGUAAUACGAAGGCGUG